AUGCAAUUCACCACCGCCCUCCUCCUCGCCCUCCAGGCCACCUUCGCCCUCACCAGCCCCGCCCCCGCCCCCGCGGCCGACCUUUCCACCGCCCAACUCGAAGCCGAGUGCGGCAGUCUCCACGCCAACACCUACAACGAGACCGCUCUCCCCUCCGACGUUGAUCCAGCCCAGAUCCGUCACUGCGCCGAACACCCCUCCGGCACCGCCACCGAGGAAAACACCCUCGGCAAACGCGACUGCGUCCCGGGCAGCGCGGCCCAGUACGGCUGCGGCAGGGGCGGGUACUGCUGGAGGCGCUGCGGCGGGAGCGGGGGCUCGUGGUGCUGGCAGGCGGUGAACAACGGCUGGGGUGACUGGAUCAAGUGCACUGCGAACAGCCAGUGUGCUCCGAAAAGCGGGUGGGGGUGUGGUCAGAGCGAGGGGGAUUGCAAUGCUUGCGGGUGCUCUUGCACGGGUGGUUUGCCUUUCUAG